AUGACAACAAUAGCCGAGGCAUCGUUUGAUGUCUACGAGUAUUCGAGAAUCUUCGACGUCCUUCACAAUAAGCAUAUGAAAGGGGGUAAAAUUACUAUAUUCAAAUCAGAGAUGCACAUAUUAGACAAGAGUAAAGGCUAUUCUAAUGAUAUGAUAGGUUCAACUGGGGUGAAAUCAUGCAGUAGAGGGCAGACUUUAAAAGAAUCACGUCUGCAAGCUCUGAAAAUAACAAGAGAAAUUCAAGGAUUUGGAAGUAGUUUAUCACCUUCAUUGCCGUCGUCGUCGUCACUGUUGCCUGGCUUUUCGCCGAGCUUUUCACCCAACUUUUCAUAUGCAACAUUCAGAACUCCAUGGUUUGGUUCUUAUUCUACUACCACGAGCCCCACAUGGAGCGAUUUACACGAGGAAAGAAUAUCUGAAAAAUCACCAUUCCCAGAAGAUACCCUUGAAAGCCAUAUUUGGGAGGCAACAUUAACAUCAGAGGUCAACACCUUUGGGACUACUUGA